AGUGAGUAAGGCCAGUAGUUAUACAGGAUGAUCUCAUCCUGAGACACUGAGAGAUGAUGUCAGACUUUAGAUCAGGACUCUCGUGCCGCCGCUAAGCUACUGUAACUGUUUAUGUUUUUACAGGCCAUGAGGGCUUGCGGCACAGAGUGGAGAGGGCGUGUGUGUGUGUGUGUGUGUGUGUGUCUGUGUGUGUGUGUUUGCAUUCCAACAGUGCAGCAAAGCAGUAUCCUUACUGCCUGAUUGGUAUGUUUGCCUGCAACUGUAUAUUUACAGGUAUCUGUACAUGCAUUCAUAUUGCUACAUGUGCCUAUAUAUACGUGAGCGUGUGUGUGUGUGUGUGUGUCCUUGUGUGUGUGUCCCACUGGGAGCCAUGUCAGGAGGGUCAGGUGAGUGUGUGCUCUACACUGUAAUGAGACAUCUCUCCACACACACACACACACACACACACACACACUCAGGAGCUCACUGCUAUAGAUAGAAGCAGGUAACCAAGAGAUGCUACACAGAAGUGCGGAAGGUGAAUGGAAGUACGGAAGACGGCAGAUGGAAAAACAGUUGUUCGUCAAAGAAAAUAGUUGCUCAAAAGUGAAUAUGCGUGUUUCCCAAAAUGUCGAAGCCUUCCGUUAAUCCAGCAAUAGCAUCCUACAGCUGUCUGGAUAGCACAGGUAGCAUGCUGAUCUUGAAAGGAUAAAUACAGUUUAAGAAUUUUAAUUUUAUUUACAGCUUUCCUUCUUUGCCAUUAGGUUUUCUUUAACUUGACAAGUCUCUCGCCUCGUGGUGCAUUCUGUAUUUGGCUGAAAUUAAGACAGAAUGAUUAACGACUGUCCCAGGUGCUGUUUGGAUGAUCACCUGUGUGGAAUACCCUGCUCAGAAGAUGAAGGGGAGCCGGUUGAGAUGCGGGCGGGGUAUUUGGGCUUUCUGGCAGACACGUCCCAUCACAGAUGUUUGAUUAAAUAGACUCACGUCGGGACACAGCGGCACGUCUCUGUAGUGGAAAUCAGUUUCAUGAUGUUCAAAUCUUUGUUUGCCCUCUAAUACGGGUAUAACUCCUCAGCACACAAACACAAAAGAAUUGGGCCUAAUUCUGUUGUGUUUCCACAUGAUACGAGGGCUUAUGUUUUGAUGAUACUGGAUCCCAGAAUUAAGGGAUACUUAAUUAGUGGGUGCAGUCAGCUGUGAAAAGGUCAACAUGCUGUGCAGGCCACUCCUAGAUUCUGACAUUUUAAGAUUCUCCAAUUAGCGAACAACAAGUAUUUAAGGAUUCACAACCUUUGAGUAAUUUGUUGUUUGCGUAUAACCAUGAGUGGCAAUGAUGCAGAAAGUUCUGUCCAUUAUCAUUAAUUUGAUGAGGUAAGAAAUAUAAUUGUCUAUAAUGGUACAAGUUUUAUUCACUGAAGUGUAGAAGAUUGAGGAAAAUUACCUUCAGUAGCUUUGUUCACUUAGUUAAAAGGUCUUGAAAGUCUAUGUAGAAUGAGAGAGACGGAAUUACAGCAUCCAUCAGAUGUUCAUCAAUUCAGUGUUGAUUAGGCCAUCUGACAGUCAGAGGAUAGACGCAGAAAGACAGAGGGAUAGUAGGUGGUAGAAAGGUCUGGUGAGACAGUUGCUACUUUGCUGUUUCUCUCUCGUAAUAGUGCAAUUCAGUUCUAUUCAAUUUGUGGUUUAAAUUCAUUAAAAAUGUAAUUGGAUUGUUGUUGAAUUUAAUUUCCUCUUUGUCGAACAGUUAGAUUUGAUGUGAUUAACAGGCAAUAGUCGAUGUAUCACGAUCACGUCACAUAUUGCAGCACUGUUAAAGGAAAGAAGUACAUUUUUAGCAGGUGGUGAAACCGGCUGGUGUCGUGGUUGUUUCCUUGCUUUGUUUUUUUAUACCUUCCUCUUCCUCUCUUGGAUAUUCUCGAAGAUUUACAGCAGUUUGUGGCUCUGGUGCCACGGCUGUAAUUUGGGAGUGGCAUUUUGGGAAACAUAUGAAAUCACUGAAGCAGAAGUGGGCAUGGCAUCACAGAUCAGCAAUAUAUAACAGUGUUAACGACUGAGAAGGAUCUUCAGCAUCCCUGGAGAGUUACAUACGCAGUGAGAAGAUGACUCUGGCAGCCUACAAAGAGAAGGUCAAAGAGCUCCCCCUGGUGUCUCUGUUUUGCUCCUGCCUGAACCCACAGACUGCAGAAAAACCUACAUACAAGGCAGAAGAUGCGGUGGACCUGGGUUGGUGCGUCAUCAAAGACGUGGAGGUGAUUGAGCUGAACAAGCGGGCAUCGGGCCAGGCCUUCGAGGUCAUCCUCAAGCCCCCGUCCUUUGAUGGCGUGCCAGAGCUCAACACCUCCAUGCCGCAGCGCCGCGAUCCGUCCCUGGAGGAGAUCCAGAAGAAGCUGGAGGCUGCCGAGGAGAGGCGAAAGUGCCAGGAGGCCGAGCUGCUGAAGCACUUGGCGGAGAAGAGGGAGCACGAGCGUGAAGUGAUCCAGAAGGCCUUUGAGGAGAACAACAACUUCAUCAAGAACGCCAAGGAGAAGCUGGAGCAGAAGAUGGAGGCCAACAAGGAGAACAGGGAGGCUCUGCUGGCCGCGAUGCUGGAGAGGCUGCAGGAGAAGGACAAACACGCGGAGGAAGUGAGGAAGAACAAGGAAAUGAAGGAGGAAGCCUGCCGGUAGACGAGUGAAGCGAGGGAUCUGAGGUGGAAGAGAGAGAAAGAGCAAGACUGGGAGUUUUUGUGAGUUGUUAAAAAAAAAAAAAAAGGAAAUCAAAACAGUGCAGGAAAAAAAAAAGAACUCAAUAGCAACUCGAACAAAGAGAAAAGAUGCGUUUUCAUAUUGAUGUAUGCUUGAAGAAGCUGUACAAAGUUUAGCCAACUCUUGAUGUUGAAAUUCAAAAAGAAAUCGUUUUUCUAAGGAAAGUGUGUGGUGGUGGGGGGUGGGUAGGGGGGGUUCGGAGUGGCAUGUAAACAAACAUUUCAAAUUUUGAAAAGAGGAGCAGCCAUGGAUGUUAGGAGAGGAGUUAAAGCUGCAUCAAGUCAGGAAGAGAUAAAAAUUUAAAUUAUAGCUCUCUCAUUUAUGCACUUCCUUCAGUCAGACAGCAGGAAAUUAUAUUAUCCUGCAUGGUACAACAGCAGCAUCAUAAAAAACAACUAAUGAAAUAAGAAAAAGGAAGGAAACUAAGCUGUGUUUUUCUUGCUUUUAGCAAUGAUUUGUAUCAGAUGUUGGCAUUGAACGCUACCAAUCUGGCAGCAACACAGCCAAUUACACAGUUUCUUUCCGAUUAUACUGUGACUACGGAGAAGGGAGUUGUAAUCUAAAUUGUUACCUUGCGGAAGAUGAAAAGAUAUGAUGCGCUUGAGUAACACUGGACACAGUAGUUUAAAGAGCCCUAUUCAGUCAAAACCAACACAAGUCAGAACUAAGAGUCUAAGGCCUCUUCAGUCUUUAAGUUACAGAUUAUUUACCAGGACACAACACACAACACACGAGCUUUUGCUGUUUCCGAAAUUAAAAAUAAAAAUUGAUUUCCCUAGGUCCACUGCUCUCAUGCUAAUUCUUCGCUGCACCGAUUUUAAGAUUGUUUAGUCUGUCUGGGGACGUCUGUGUGCUAAACUCAGUGAAUCACACUGAAUUGUUUAUGAAUUUAAAGUGUAGAAUCAGGCUUUUGUUUCUUUCUACAGUUCUCUAGGGGAGUAAAAAAAGGGUAUAAAAGCUUGAAAAGUGAGGAGAUCUGCUGUAUUCUGCCAUUUUAAGGCUCUCUGUGAAACUUUUAGAUCCUUAACUGUAGUGUAGUUGUAGAUCAGUGACAUUGCAUUUGAGUCUCUUAGGUUUAGAGCACCGAUUGCACUCUUGUUUCAUUAAGCACAACUCAAAAGCACAUAUGCAUACAUGAAGGACGGUGAAUAUAUACAGCAUAAAAAAAAAUCACAUCACAAGGAGGCAAAGUAGGAAGAAGCAGCAGUUCAGAAUUUGGACAUAAUUUGGUUUUUGAAGAAAUGAGCUCGAGGGCUUUCUGGCUAACCAGCGGUCUCACUUUGCUUUGGCAUGUGUCACUGUGCUCUGAAUGUCAGUUUAUGAUUUUCAAGGGGGAUUUAAACAUUAAAAGAGUAAACAGAAAGAUGAAAAUUUGCUCGAGUUGUUGAGUCAUACUGACUUGAGUGAAACGCUGAAAAUGUUUGCACUGUAGUUUGGGAGUCGUAACAUGGGGUUUGUACUUGCUGUAACUGUGUGUCGCUAUAUGUCUUCAAGGCUGGAUUGAUUGUAUCUAUUUGGCAUGGUCAGUAAAAACAGCUUGACUGAA